AUGCUUCUAUCAGACUUUUCUCAUCAUCAUAUUGAAAUGGCAUGUACUCUACUGGAGACCUGUGGACGGUUUCUUUUCAGAUCUCCGGAAUCACACCUGAGGACUAGUGUACUCUUGGAGCAAAUGAUGAGAAAGAAGCAAGCAAUGCAUCUUGAUGCAUGGUGUGUUACGAUGGUUGAAAAUGCGUAUUACUACUGCAAUCCGCCUCCAGCUGAAAAGACAGUAAAAAAACGCGUCCUCCUCUCCAAGAAUAUGUCCGGAAACUUUUGUACAAGGACCUCUCUAAGGUUACCACUGAGAAGGUUUUGAGACAGAUGCGAAAGUUGCCAUGGCAGGACCAGGAAGUGAAAGACUAUGUUAUUUGCUGUAUGAUAAACAUCUGGAAUGUGAAAUAUAAUAGUAUUCACUGUGUAGCCAACCUCUUAGCAGGACUGGUGCUCUACCAAGAGGAUGUUGGGAUCCAUGUUGUGGAUGGAGUUUUAGAAGAUAUUCGAUUGGGAAUGGAGGUUAAUCAACCUAAAUUUAACCAGAGACGUAUCAGUAGUGCCAAGUUCUUGGGGGAACUUUACAACUACAGAAUGGUGGACUCAGCUGUUAUUUUCAGAACUCUUUAUUCUUUUACUUCAUUUGGUGUCAACCCUGAUGGUUCUCCAAGUUCACUGGACCCUCCUGAGCAUCUGUUCAGAAUUAGACUAGUGUGCACUAUUUUGGAUACCUGUGGGCAAUACUUUGACAGAGGUUCCAGUAAAUGAAAACUUGACUGUUUCCUUGUAUAUAUUCAGCGUUAUGUUUGGUGGAAGAAAAGUUUGGA